UAUACAAGUAUUUCUUCUGAUCAGAUACUUCAGUUGUUGAAAACAUUGUGAAUCUGCAAUUCUUUGUCAUUGGACUUACACAUAUUCUGCUUUUGAAUUACUUUCUCUGCACCAGGUCUACUGAAUCUGAACUGAACAGAAGUCUUGAAAGAAGACUCUGUGCUGGUCUUGUUUUGCAUCGUACAGAUCUAGGUACAAGGUGGUCUCCGCCUGACUGACUUCCCAUGUCCUAUCACCAAGAGGACUUCUUCAAAGAGUACCUCAAAAUGAUGGCGAAUAUUGUCAUCCUGAGCUUGCUCAUAUGUAUUUCCUUGGCUUUCUGGAUCGUGUCCAUGACCGCAAGUACGUACUACGGCACUUUGCGACCCAUUUCUCCGUGGCGCUGGCUUUUUUCGGUCUUGGUUCCGCUGGUGAUUGUUAUACAGGGUUUUAAGAAGAAGAGUCUUGAUCACAGUGGUGCUUUGGGAGGAUUGGUGGUUGGAUUUAUCCUUACAGUUGCAAAUUACAGUUUCUUCACUGCUUUGUGUGUAUUUUUUAUUACUUCUUCAAAACUUACUAAAUGGAAAAAAGAUAUGAAGAAGCAAAUUGAUUCAGAAUACAAAGAAGGUGGACAAAGGAAUUGGGUGCAAGUGUUCUGUAAUGGCGGUGUUCCUACUGAGCUGGCCAUCUUAUAUAUGAUAGAGAACGGACCAGGUGAAAUUCCGAUAGACUUCUCCAGGCAAUACACAGCCUCGUGGAUGUGCUUAUCCCUUUUAGGAGCAUUGGCAUGCUCUGCUGGCGAUACAUGGGCUUCAGAGAUAGGUACUGUAAUGAGUAAAAGCAAGCCGAGGUUGAUAACAACCUGGGAAAAGGUUCCAGCAGGUACUAAUGGAGGAAUUACUUUAGUGGGCUUGUUCUCAAGUUUACUUGGUGGCAUGGUGGUAGGUGCAGCCUACUUCAUAACACAGCUCCUUUUUGUGAGUGAUCUGGAUAUGUCUGCUCCACAAUGGCCAAUUAUUGUGUUUGGUGCAGCAGCUGGCUUACUAGGAUCAAUUGUUGAUUCAUAUUUGGGAGCAACAAUGCAAUACAGUGGUUUUGACAAGAAUAUUGGCAUGGUUGUCAACCACCAAACAAAAGACUCCAAGCACAUAUCUGGAAAACCUAUAUUAGACAACAAUGCAGUGAAUCUUUUUUCUUCUGUGAUCAUUGCUUUGGUGCUUCCGGGUGUGGCAUGGGGUUUCUGGCCAAGAAGUUGAAGAGGUUGAAGGUUUUUGUGUAUGUGAUUCAGUGAUGCUCAGCCUUAAUCAAAGACUCCUUAGAGUGCUCUUUGGAUGCUCUUGAGGAGAGGAGUCUGCAACCUUCAGAGCCAAAGGACUUUCCAUCACAACUUCUUUAGGCUGUAAGCUUCGUAUGGCAGUUGCCAUCUGUCAGGGCCAAGAAGGGAUUUUGUCAAUAUGCUCUUGCAGCUCUUCAAGUGGAUGUCGAUCACUGCCGAGUGAGGUGGAGCACUUCAUUUAUCCUCGUGGUGCUGAAGUCAGCUUACAUACUUCCUACAGUCCACAGAAUCUGGAAGAGCAAGAAACUGGAAUUAGAGGCUUAAUCUGUAUCUACCAGUAUGAUGGACUAUUGUGGCUACUGUCCAAGUCUGGCACAAAGUACUCUACAACUUUAGAUUGACAUUGGUAACAUAGGUGAAAUCAAUGAGUUCUGGUUUAGUAUUUCCCAUGAUCUCUAGGAUGUAAGAUUUCACGGAAUUAUUUUGAAAACUUAAUUAUAUAUAUGUAUUUGAAGCAUAAGAUUCAAUUUAAAAUAAAAACAAAAGUUUUGCCAGUAAGAAUAGAUGUAUCCUUGUUUUAUACAAAUCUUUAAAAUUCUUCAAAUCUUUAGAAUUUCCAAAUAAAAAAUAUUUAUAAGGGUUGUUAGCAUUGUUGUAAU